CGCCAAAGACAAUCGAGCGUGACUUGAUUGUCUCCCAAGUAAUUAAUUGUUUUAACGAAAAGUCUUCGCUGCUUCUCUCUCAUUUAGUAGUUACUAGUAUAAACAAAUCACUAUAGAUACGCAUCAAUUCAGACAAGUUAUAAUAAGUACUCAAAGUAAACUCCAGAUCUGAAAACAAAAAUGGAAGAAAUCGGAAUAGUUAUUGUCGGCGGCGGAAUCGCUGGUCUCGCCACUUCGCUUGCUCUUCAUAGGAAAGGAAUAAAGAGUGUUGUGUUGGAGAGAGCCGAGAAAGUGAGGUCGGAAGGAGCUGGAAUUGGAACUCUUACUAAUGGUUGGAGAGCUCUUGAUCAGCUUGGCGUCUCUGAUCGUCUUCGUCUCACGUCUAAUCUUAUUCACAAAGCACGGACCAUGUUGAUUGAGGAUGGGAAGAAAAAACGAGAAUUCGUUUUAAACAUCAAAGACGAAGCUCGUUGUAUUAGAAGGAACGAUCUGGUUGAUGCCUUAGCCGAUGCUCUCCCUGAUGGAACCAUCCGGUUGAAUUCCCAAAUUGUUUCGAUCCAAGAGGACGAAAUUACGUCGUUUCCAAUCGUUCACUUGUCCAAUGGCAAUACGAUCAAAGCCAAGGUCUUGAUUGGAUGUGAUGGUGCAAAUUCCAUCGUCAGUGACUAUCUCCGGUUAGGCCCUAUAAAGGCAUUUGCUUGUCGUGCGGUGAGAGGGUUCACUAAUUACCCAAACGGCCAUGGAUUUCCACAUGAGCUUUUAAGGAUGAAAACAGGAAACGUUUUAGUGGGAAGACUCCCUUUGAACGAUAACCAAGUCUUUUGGUUUGUAGUGCAUAUGCAAGACAGUCAACACAACGGUAAGGAUCAAAAAUCGAUCGCAAAUGUGACUCUAAAAUGGGUCGAUAAGUUAUCCGAAGACUGGAAAGAAAUGGUGAAAAGAUGCGAUGUGGAGUCAUUAACGUUGACACACUUAAGGUACCGUUCCCCGUGGGAAAUCAUGUUCGGGAAAUUUCGACGUGGGACCGUGACUGUAGCUGGCGAUGCAAUGCACGUUAUGGGUCCAUUCCUCGGACAAGGAGGCUCGGCUGCGCUAGAGGAUGCGGUUGUUCUGGCUAGAUGUCUAGCUAGGAAAUUGGGUCCGGACCAUGGAGACUUGUUAAAGGAUUGUUCGGUGAAAAGCAUUGGAGAAGCUAUUGAUGAAUAUGUGAGUGAACGUAGGAUGAGACUAGUCGGGCUUUCGACGCAGACGUAUUUGACGGGACGGUCACUACAAACGCAGUCAAUGGUCGUCAGGAUCAUGUUUAUUGUGCUGUUGGUGCUGUUGUUUGGGCGUGAUCAGAUUCAUCAUACUAAAUACGAUUGCGGCCGACUCUAAAAACUUGAUGGACACUUUAUGACUAGUUUUAUAGUGUGAGGUUUUGUGCUUUAAUUAUCGUUUUAAGUCUGUACUGAAUACGACUGCGGCCGACUCUAGAAACUUUGUCAUCUAACUCGUUGGAUUUCUCUUCUUUUUAAAAACCUAUAAUUUCAAAUUUUAUGUAAAUUUGGUGUUUUAUGUUUAUCUGUUAAAUUCCAUAUAAGGCCGUACAUCUAAAUCAUUGGUGAUUCACAUCUUUGCUAAAUAUCAAAGGAAAAAAAACUCUUGAUGUAUGUUAACACAUCCCACCAUUUUUGUAAUGACCCCAACCCUAGGCUUUGCCCAAGGGUCAAGUCAUUUUUCUUUAAAGAGAGAGAGAGAGAGAGAGAGAGAGAGAGAGAGAGAGAGAGAGAGAGAGAGAGAGAGAGAGAGAGAGAGAGAGAGAGAGAGAGAGAGAGAGGGAAGGAAGAAGCUCACCAAGAGUCCUCGCCGGAGCCACCGCACGCCAGGACGUCAUCAAGCUCGUCAUCACCAUCAACCGCAGCUCGAGGCCAUCAUCGUGUUCCUCUCGUCAAGACGAAGCCGUAGACACCAACCGCGUCGCGAUCGGAGCCUGGACGAAGCCGUACGCGCCCCCCGAAGAUUCGCCUCUGCGCGCGCGUGAGUUACACGCGCCGCCGUCGGACCACCGUCCUCCGCCGCAGCACCGCCGCCGGACCACCGUUCUCCGCCGUCGCCGCCGGCCAAAUUUCCGAUUUGGAGUCCAUUUGAGCAGCUGGAGUUCAUAUAUACCACUUCUCUUCAUUGCUAAGGUGAGACCGACGAGCAGGAGUGAUUUUUCGGACCGGUGCUAUUGGGCUUUUGGGCUUCUAUCGUUUUAUCGAUUUUAUCGUUAUCGGGCCUCUAGGCCUUUGGACUUUUAUCGUUAUGGUAUUUCGUAUUUUGGAUUCUCGGUUUAUGUCGUAUCUUAUGUUUCGGAUUUUAUUUUAUAUUAUGGAAUUCAUGCGUGGAUGUGGACUUUCAAAUAUUUAUAUAUGGAUAUUUAAGAUA